AUGCCAAACGAUGAGAAAGGUUCCUUUCAACAACAACGUUUCUCUGCCAGACCAGAAAAUGAUGAUUGUGAUAACAUGCCUGGUUUUUACAGCAAUGCAAUUGUGGAAAAAAUUGAAUCUAAAUUAGUGAAAUUAACAAAUACAAACAUGUACUCGAGUAAUGGAUCUCUGAAAAGGUUUUCAGAGCCAAAAGGUUUUCUUAAUCUACUUAAGUUCGUAUACGAAAAACAAAGCUUCUUUCCAGACCGAAGUUAUGUUGAAGAAAAUUCUGACAUAACGAAAAUCAGUUUAAUAAAAAAUAAUGAAAUGUUCAAAAGUCAAGUCCAUGAAUUUCACUUCAUGUAUUAG